CUUCAUUCGUUAUCAUUUUCUCAAACUGUUCACAUUUCUCUUCCAAAAAAACUCUCACAACUCUCAGAAUUCAACCACCCUUCAACUCUUCUCAGUUCUCACCCUCCGCCAUGGACAACCACCACCGCGUUUCCCGGCGAACCGAGAUCCUCGCCAACCACCUCCGCCACAACCCUCCACCAGCCACCGCCAUUCUAAACCGCAACAGCUGUCUCAGCUACUCCCCUCCGGAGCUCUCCGACUCGAACCCUAUCACCUUCGACGUGACGGAGAUGCGGCGGUUGAUGGACGGCCACAAUCUUGAAGACCGCGACUGGCUGUUCAGUCUGAUCAUUCAGAGCGGCCUCUUUAACCGCCGUGAGCUCGGCGGGAGGGUGUUCGUUUCCCCUGAUUACAACCAGUCGAUGGAGCAGCAGCGUGAGGCGACGAUGAAGCGAAUCGCGUAUCUGUUGGAUCGUGGGGUAUUCCGUGGGUGGCUCACCGGUGAUGGGCCGCAAGAGGAGCUGAGGAAGCUCGCGCUUCAUGAGGUUAUCGGAAUGUAUGAUCACUCGCUCGCUAUUAAGAUUGGUGUUCAUGUCUUCUUGUGGGGUGGGGCCGUAAAGUUUCUGGGAACCAAGCGCCAUCAUGACAAGUGGUUGAAAGCUACUGAAAACUAUGAGAUGAAGGGUUGUUUUGCUAUGUCUGAGCUGGGCCAUGGAAGUAAUGUCCGAGGAAUUGAAACAGUAACUACUUAUGAUUCAAGUACUGGAGAGUUUAUUAUCAAUACUCCAUGUGAAUCGGCUCAGAAGUAUUGGAUUGGUGGUGCAGCAAAUCAUGCAACACACACUAUAGUGUUUUCACAACUCUACAUCAAUGGAAACAAUCAAGGGGUGCAUGCAUUUAUUACCCAAAUCAGAGAUUUAGACGGGAACAUAUGUCCAAACAUCCGAAUAGCUGAAUGUGGUCACAAAAUUGGUUUAAAUGGAGUUGACAAUGGCCGUAUCUGGUUUGACAAUGUUAGAAUACCCAGAGAGAAUUUGUUAAAUUCUGUGGCUGAUGUUUCACCAAGUGGCGAGUAUUUGAGUGUGAUAAAAAAUCCAGAUCAGAGAUUUGGAGCAUUCUUAGCACCUUUGACCUCUGGUCGUGUAACUAUUUCCGUCAGUGCUGUUUACAUGUCCAAGGUUAGCUUAGCCAUUGCUAUAAGGUAUGCAUUGACAAGGCAGGCAUUUUCUAUUACACCAAAUGGGCCAGAAGUUUUACUGCUUGAUUACCCAAGUCAUCAGAGGCGUCUAUUACCUUUACUGGCAAAAGUAUAUGCCAUGAGUCUUGCUGCAUUUGAGCUCAAAAUGAUGUAUGUGAAAAGAACGCCUGAGUCAAACAAAGAAAUUCAUAUUGUUUCCAGUGCAUACAAGGCUACUUUUACAUGGAAUAAUAUGCGUACACUUCAGGAAUGUCGUGAAGCCUGUGGAGGACAAGGCAUUAAAACUGAAAAUCGUAUUGGUCAAUUCAAGGGUGAAUUUGAUGUGCAGUCAACAUUUGAGGGGGACAACAAUGUUCUGAUGCAGCAGAUCAGCAAGGCACUCCUUGCAGAAUACAUAGCAUGUCAGAUGAAAAACAAGCCAUUUAGUGGUCUGGGAUUAGAACACAUGAACAAACCUUGUCCUGUUAUCCCAUCUCAGUUAACAAGUUCUAACCUUAGGAGCAGUGACUUUCAGAUUGAUCUGUUCCACCUAAGAGAGCGGGAUCUAUUGAAACGUUUUGCUGCAGAGGUUUCAGAACAUCAAUCUCGUGGAGAAAGCAAAGAGUCUGCCUUCAUUCUAAGUUAUCAGCUUGCAGAGGACUUGGGCAGAGCUUUCUCUGAACGAGCAAUACUGAAAACGUUCGUGGAGACUGAGUCAGCUUUGCCAGCUGGUUCAUUGAAGAAUGUCUUAGGUCUGUUGAGAUCAUUGUAUGCCUUGAUUUGUGUGGAUGAAGAUGCCGCCUUUCUUCGAUAUGGUUACUUGUCCACACAGAAUGCUGCUGCCGUGAGGAAAGAAGUGCCGAAACUUUGUGCUGAACUUCGACCCCAUGCACUUGCCUUGGUUAGUUCAUUUGGUAUUCCUGAUGCAUUUUUGAGCCCUAUCGCAUAUGACUGGGUUGAUUCAAAUUCAUGGGGUUCUACUCAAAAUUACUAGCUGAUGCAAAUUUCUCCACGUAAUUGAGGGGUAGGAUGCGAUAUGACGGUAUUCUUAGUUCCGUUUUAUUGUUUAAUUCUCCAUAUCUGCAUGGAAAUUGGAAAACUGUUUUAGUUACGAAUAAUGAGUGGUUCACACGUGUUGUAAAUGUGAUAGCGAUAAAAAAAGGGAAGAGAUAGAUGAUGAGACAUCUAAUGGGAAAGGUAGAAAAAUUGAAUAAGUUAUGAAACAGGUUUAAAUAAAGUGAUGUGAAAAAAUAUCACUUAUGGUUGUAUACUUGAAUAAUACUUCAAAUUUAUCGAUACCUUUUCCUCUA